UCGGCUCUUUAUCUGCUUAAGCGAUCCCUGUGGCGCAGGGUCAUGUAUAUGAAAGACCCAUCAGCAGAAGAAUAUUGGAGGCCAUUGUCGCCCCAGGUUUUGUGACGGGCCGAUUUCUGUCGUCAUAUUUGUGGUGUAUCAGAAUGGCUGAACAGCAGGUGGUGCUAAUCACUGGCCCGAAUCGAGGUAAGCCCGCCGAAGCUCAUGCAAAGCCGCGUGUCUUUCGAAUACUAACGGUUGUAGGAAUCGGUCGGGCUCUCCUCGAAGCUUUCUUGGGCCGCCCGAACCAUACCGUCAUCGCGGCAGUUCGAGACCCGAACGCGGCUGUCUCUCAGGACCUCAAGUCUAUUCCCGCAGCCGAAGGCAGUAAGCUCGUCCUGGUCAAGAUCGACAGCGCGGUCGACACCGACGCUCAAAAAGCGGUCACUGAACUCCAGUCUGACCACGGUAUCACCACCUUGGACGUAGUCAUCGCCAACGCAGGAAUUGGCGACCAUGCCACUACCGUCACGGCGGCUGCCCCCGAAAGCGUCCGACGUCACCUGGACGUUAACGUCGUCGGCGUUCUCACACUGUUCCAGGCAGUGGAGCCUCUGUUGCGCAAGUCCCCGGCUCCCAAGUUCUUCACCAUGUCCACGAACCUUGCCAGCCUGAACCUCAUGGAAUACAUACCUGGCCCUUGGUUCUGCUACGGCGUGUCUAAGGCGGCUAUGAACUUCCUCACACGGAAGAUCCACUUUGAGAAUGAGUGGUUGACUGCGGUUGUACUCAGCCCGGGUUGGGUGCAAACUGAUAUGGGCGAGUUUGCCGCGAGGGCAGUCGGUCUGGAGGCUGCGCCACUGAAGUUGGAGGAUAGUAUCAAAGGCGUUUUGCAAGUGGUAAGUGCCGAAUGGAAGAAUGAAAGGAGCCGCAUGGAUGCUGAUGCUCGCAUAGAUUGACGAAGCGUCUCGCGAGACGACGUCCGGCACGUUCAUCUCUUACGAAAAAGAGCCCGUGCCCUGGUAAGAAAGCAGAUACUGAGCCCGGCGUCUGCUCAAGAGCUGGUCUGGUCCGAGAUCCCCAUGGCGUGCACAAGUAGCUUUCUUACUCAGAAUCGAUCCGCAAAACAGUCCUACCCGGG